GAAAGGGGGGCUUUAGGUUAUUGCUUUCGGCUUUGGGCUCAGAGUGCAGCGCUGGACAGCCUGCCCCACACAGUCUUUUGUUUGCUUCUGGGACAGAGUGCCUGUGGACAAGAGACUUUUCCUGUCUGCCUCCGAAGGAGACUUCGGCUCCGAACAUCUGUCUCCUCUUCUGUCCGCAGAGCACUAUGAAGGGCAUGGGCAAAUCUGGAGAUGUCUGCAGACUCAUUCGGAGCAGGAGGGAGCGAUGCCCAGCAGAGCCUGCAGUCCUUCUGGCCCAGGGUCAUGGAGGAGAUCAGGAACCUCACUGUGAAGGAUUUUCGCGUGCAGGAGCUUCCACUAGCUCGCAUCAAGAAAAUCAUGAAGCUGGAUGAAGACGUGAAGAUGAUAAGCGCUGAGGCUCCAGUGCUGUUUGCAAAAGCUGCUCAGAUCUUCAUCACAGAGCUGACUCUCAGAGCCUGGAUCCACACCGAGGACAACAAACGCCGCACACUACAGAGGAAUGACAUCGCCAUGGCCAUCACCAAGUUUGACCAGUUUGACUUCCUCAUUGACAUCGUCCCAAGAGAUGACCUCAAACCCCCAAAGCGACAGGAGGAGGUGCGUCAGUCUGUUACCCAGGCAGAACCUGUGCAGUACUACUUUACUCUGGCGCAGCAGCCUGGGGCGGUGCAGGUGCAAGGACAGCAACAAGGCCAGCAGGUGGCCACCCCUACCGCCACCACCCUCCAGCCUGGACAGAUCAUCAUUGCCCAGCCCCAGCAGGGCCAGGUGUUGCAGGGGACCACCAUGCAGCAGCUACAGCAGGUGCAGGUAGCUCAAUCACAGGCUACCCCCAUCACGAGCGCUCCGGUGACCAUGCAGGUGGGUGAAGGUCAGCAGGUGCAGAUAGUGCAGGCGGCUGCGCAGGGACAGGCGCAGGCCCAGGUGGCACAGCCCGCAGGCCAGACCAUGCAGGUCAUGCAGCAGAUCAUCACAAACACAGGAGAGAUUCAGCAAAUCCCUGUGCAGCUAAACACCGGCCAGCUGCAGUACAUUCGCUUGGCACAGCCAGUCUCAGGAACGCAGGUUGUUCAAGGACAAAUACAGACACUUGCAACAAACGCUCAGCAGAUAACACAGACAGAAGUACAGCAGGGACAACAGCAAUUCAACCAGUUCACUGAUGGGCAGCAGAUGUACCAGAUCCAGCAGGUGACGAUGCCAGCAGGGCAGGAGCUGACUCAGCCCAUGUUCAUCCAGUCCACCAGUCAGACGGCCGACAGCCAGGUCACUACGCAGGUCAGCGCAGACUGAGGCUCAUCCCGCCCCCCAACACACACCCACCGGUCACCACCAGCGCAAUAACCGCACUGCUGCAGACCACCGGAAGGAGAGAGAUCCCCACCAUCAACACCAGUAUCAACACCUGCAUAUCACAUCCAUGACUUCCUGCUCACAACAGUAUAAUUCUUAAACUUCUCUAGUUACACUUACAGUACCUUUAAAUCCUUAAACCAGCUUCAGCUUUAACUUAAAUACCGUCCGAAAUGGAUUUCCUGCUCUAAACAGUUUCACUACUCCUGACUGUAGUCUAGGGUUCAUCCUCAUUAGUUCACUUCACUCUGCGUCCACCAAACAUCUGACCCUGUUAAUGAAGGAAUAAAGCACAGGCUGACUACUUAUAUCUCUCCAUUAUAGUCAGUCCAUGGACUAUCAUUGAAGAAUUAAGUUGUUCUCCUGCUAUGAAGCACUAAUGUGUCCCCUUACCCUACCUGGUGAACUCUCCUCCAUACUGACACCACAAAUGAUGAUCCGGUCUUCCCCGCAGUGUAGUUAAAGUGUAGUUGUUCUUGUUUUAUCAGUUUGCGUCUGGUUCUUUAGUGACAGUAAGGUUAGAAAGUUCUCUUCAGGAUUGUGGAUAUCUUCUCUGCCUUCAGUGUUUACAGUGAGGCCCAGGGGAACCUGCCUCUAGGCUUCGAGUGGUCCUGAAUGAAAACUAUCUAGGCUUAAACAAAAAAAAAAUGUAAAAACUUAAUUCCAACCUCAUCUCCAUUUCCCUUCUGUUGUUUCAUCAUGCCAUCUCGUGUGUAGAACUCAAAGUUAAUGACAAAAGCCAUAAUCUGCACAUCCUGUACACGAUUGUCUCUGUAGAUUGUAUGAUAACUGUUUGAAGUACCCUUCUAAUUGUAUUAGUUCUGUUUUACUAGUAUUUUGUAAAGUUUUUUCAUAUUUGCUAGUGUGACACUGCUGAAAGGGCUUCUUAUCGUUGGGUUUUCUACAUGCAAAGUGCAAAGCGUGUGUGGCUGAGGGGUUUGGUUAAGGGUGUGUCGUCCAUACGUGCGAGUGUGUGUGUGUGUGUGUGUGAUGGUAUGUGUUCUCUCUAGUGUUUGAUGUUGUGCAUUUAAAGCCUCUCUUUUUCUGGACCAGAUAUGAAAAAAUAUGUUUCUCCUCUCUUUCCUCUUUCCUCUCUUUCCUUCUCUCCAUCUGUGGAAACAGCUCCCCUGUUGCUAAUUGUACAAAACUGUUUGUUGUUGAAAUGAAACCCUUUUAUAUACACUUUUAAAAAACAGUUGUAACAAUCAAAAAUAGAUUUUUUGGGCGGAUUUUGUUUCUUUUUUUUUUGGGAAUGUUGUCCUCGCUGUUUGUUGUAUUAUUUUUGCAUGUAGUUACAACUGCCAGUAUGAUAUGCAAUCCAUAGGUACAGUUUUUUUUUUCUUUUUUUAAAUAAACGACUGGUUUGUGAGAAAAUAAAGUAAAAAAUCUACAUUGGAAA